AUGCAUAGCCUGCCUUCCUCUCUCACCCACUACAAACCCGCAAGUGUCUCAUCUGAAACCCCAAAACACCAUGAUGGCAGUAAUCAUCAAGACUUGUACAAGUCUUACUUCGAUAAUAUGUCUUCACUAUGCAAAGAUGGGAAAAUCCAGAGAUCUCUGGACUUGUUCGCUGAAAUGGAAUCCAGGAAUCUCCAUGCUGGACCGGAUGUUUAUGGAGAAAUUCUUCAGGGAUGCGUAUACGAGCGAGCUCUUUUUCUGGGUCAGCAAAUUCAUGCUCAGAUUAUUAAAAAAGGCGACUUAUUUUCGCGAAACGAGUACAUUGAAACCAAACUGGUGAUUUUCUAUGCAAAAUGUGACGUCUUGGAGGUGGCGAAUCAUCUAUUUCGUAGACUAGAGAAACAGAACGUGUUUUCCUGGGCUGCCAUUAUUGGUUUGCAGUCUCGGAGCGGUUUGUAUGAAGAAGCGUUGUUGAGUUACUGUGAAAUGCAAGAGAACGGGGUUCUACCGGAUAAUUUUGUCAUCCCAAAUGCGUUGAAGGCUUGUGGUGCUCUGCAAUGGAAUGGCAUUGGGAAGGGAAUUCAUGGGAACGUCGUCAAGAUGAUGGGUUUUGGUCACUGUGUUUUUGUCUCAAGUAGUCUCGUGGAUAUGUAUGGGAAAUUUGGGUUUUUGGAGGAUGCAAGAAAGGUGUUUGAUGCUAUGCCUGAGAAGAACGUUGUUGCUUGGAAUUCAAUGAUUGUGGGUUAUGCCCAAAAUGGACUGAACGAGGAGGCAAUUAAACUCUUUCAUACCAUGCGAAUGGAAGAUGUCGAGCCAACUCAGGUCACUUUGUCAGGUUUACUUACUGCAUCUUCUAAUUUGGAGGCACUAGAAGAGGGAAGACAAGGGCAUGCUCUGGCAAUUAUAGGUGGAUUAGCGUUAGACAACAUUUUGGGUAGUUCCCUUGUAAACUUCUAUUCCAAGGUCGGACUGAUUGAGGAAGCUGAACUGGUUUUCAGCAAAAUAAUCAUGAAAGAUGAGGUAACAUGGAAUUUGCUCACAUCCUGUUAUGUGCAAAAUGGGCUGGUUGAGAAGGCACUUGACAUGUGCCAUCUGAUGAGAGAAGAAAACUUGAGGUUUGACUGUGUGAUCCUCUCAUCUUUAUUGACUGUGGCUGCAGAUAUAAGGAAUGUAGAACUUGGUAUGAUGGGGCACAGCUAUUGCAUUAAAAGCAACUUUGAAUCUGACUUGGUUGUCUCAAGUAGCAUCAUAGAUAUGUAUGCAAAAUGUGGGAAGAUGGAUUAUGCGAGAAGAGUGUUUAGCUCUACCACAAAAAGAGAUAUUGUAUUGUGGAAUACAAUGUUAGCUGCUUAUGCAGAGCUGGGACUGAGUGGCGAGGUCUUGAGAUUGUUCUAUAGGAUGCAAAUGGAGACCAUCACACCAAAUGUGAUAUCAUGGAAUUCUGUGAUCUGGUUUCUUAGGAAUGGUCAGGUUACUGAAGCUCAAAAUAUGUUUUCAGAAAUGUACUUUCUGGGCGUUCAGCCUAACUUGAUCACAUGGACUACAAUGAUGUCUGGUCUGGCUCAGAAUGGUCGUAAUUAUGAAGCUAUUCUGGUUUUUAAAGAGUUGCAAAAUGUAGGAAUUAGAGCCAACAGCAUAAGCAUGACUUGUGCACUCUCCGCAUGUACAAAUAUGACAUUGUUGAAAUACGGAAGAGCAAUUCAUGGUUAUGUUCUGAGACAUUAUGUUUCUCUGUCUCUUCACAUCAGGACAUCUAUAAUGGACAUGUAUGCUAAAUGCGGAGCUAUAAAUGCUGCAAAGAGUGUUUUUAACACGUGUUCAAGAAAGGAAUUACCUGUCUACAAUGCGAUGAUCUCUGCUUAUGCAUUACAUGGUCAAGCUAUAGAAGCCCUUGCGCUUUUUAGACAAAUGGAGAAAGAAGCUAUAGUACCAGAUCACAUGACUUUUACCAGUGUCUUGUCGGCAUGCAGCCAUGCAGGAUUGGUGAAGGAAGGUCUAGAACUUUUCGGUUAUAUGGUCUCUGAACUCCAUAUGAAGCCAAGUUCAGAACAUUAUGGUUGCUUAAUUAAACUUCUUUCCCUUCAUGGUCACUUAGAUGAAGCUCUUAGGAUUAUUAUUACUAUGCCUAGCCACCCAGAUGCACAUAUAUUAGGAUCCAUGCUUGUGGCUUGUGGACGAAACCAUGAGAUUGAACUUGCAGGUUAUAUAGCAAAAUGGUUGUUAAAACUGGACCCAGGUAAUUCGGGUAAUUAUGUGGCUCUUUCAAAUGUGUAUGCAACUGCUGGAAAAUGGGAUAAAGUAUCAAGUAUAAGGAGGCUACUGAAAGAAAAGGGCCUGAGAAAAAUUCCUGGAUGUAGCUGGAUUGAAAUUGGACAAGAACUUCAUGUAUUUGUUGCUGGUACUAGAUCACAUCCCCAGAUAGAAGAAAUUUAUACAACAUUGAAUUUAUUGAGAGUGGAAAUGAAUUCUGCAAAUUGUUUUGGUCAUGGUCCUGAUGCAAAAUCCUUCAGUUCUAAUUUUCUUCUUGAUUCUGAUUGAAUUAUAUGAGUUGCAGAAAACAGGGUGUACCAUGGAAGAUAAGAAACUGACGACUAGCAAAUUUACUGAAGGAGAGAAACUUAAAAGCUACAUCUGCUGUCAGAAGAUGGUAAAAACUUAUUAAUCUAUUGUCAGAAGAUGGUAAAAGCUUAUUGAAGGAUGCAAACUCUCCUUGGGGUUGAAUAGGCAUUGAUCCAUUAAUUUGGAGAAGGUUCCAUCAGCAAAUUUAUCUCAAACAAAACAUGCUACACUUCGGCAUUAUGCAAUUUCAGAUCAAAAUGUCCAGCAGUAAUUAAAUUUUGCUGGAAAAUGUGUUCUAGCUACAAUAGAAGAAGGACAUGUUCUUGAAGAUAGCCCUGCUUCUACUGUAAAUACUCAAUGUUCUAACACAUCUUUGUUUUAUUUAUAACAAUCUCAAAGUCCAGGAGCUCUGUCUGCUUCGGCUCUUUACCAGGUCAAUUGUCAAUACCCCGGAGGAGAGUUUACCGAUUGCACACAUGCGAAAAUAUCCGAGGUUCCAUUUUUCUAUGAUUGAGAGGCCAAGAUUUUGAAUCCUUUUCUGUGAUACAUAUACAUAUUUUGCAUUCCCUCUGUAAAAUGAAAAUCACCAAUGCAGCACUUUAUCUCUCAAAGCCGCUUCCCAAACAAACACUCAAAAUGUCCGGUCUGCCUAACCAUGUGUAAAGGAAAUUGUUUCCCUUUUUCCUUUCAAAGAGCACCAAUCGAUUAGAAGUUCCAACUAUGUGUCAAAAGAAGAUUAGAAGUCCCGACUAUGUUGUCUUGAGAUGUAUAACCUGAUUUUGUUUUUCAUUGACUUGCAUGACCGCGCUGCACAUUGUUUUUCGAAAAAACGUUACAAUGUGGCAACAGUUGCUCUUCUAUUCAGGUCGUGAUCACAAGUGACAAGAUUAGGAGUCUUACCUCCGGACAAGUCAUCAAAAGAGCAAGUCAUAUAAACAUGUUCAGAGUUCAAACUUCAUUAUUUGAAAAGAGAGAGUUGGGUGAGCGACUGGGUCCUCAACUGCUAAGCGAAGUCACAUGAUGGUGGAACAGCCUGUUGAAAAGGGUUAGUACAGUACACCUUGAGGUCCACCACUAAGUGAAAGUCCUUGAGUUGGCUGUUGGCACUUGGCAGUCAUCAAUUCUUGUUUUCUUUUCCUUUUUCUUUAGUCCAUCCUACCUUUGAAGAUGUUCCCAUUCAUAAAUUUUAUGGCACAUCCGGUUUAUAAAAGAUAAAUUAAACAAGUUAACUAUUAAAGGAGAUGCAAGUGUGUAGCAUAUCUUUUAAUAGAAUUUACUUUUGAUAUCAUUUACAUGUCUCUGAUUGGUUUGAUUUGACUGAUUUAUCUUUUGUAGGUCAAGAAUCUCUUUUAUCAAUGAAAUGGAUAUUUGCCAACUGUAUCUUAAAGAAUUACGUAUCAAAGUGAGUCCUUGAUAUCAAAUUAAAAAUUUUUCCCGUGAUAAACCUCAAACAUCCUGAUCACAACUUAUAAAUCUGUGAAAACGAACUUGCCUCAUUUCCUCUUUUUCACAGUUAUAGAAAUAAGUAGUGGUUAGGUUGUUUUAAUCCAUUGAAUAAUCGAGUUAUAUUUUGCUAUGGUUGUUGUGAUGUUACUUUAAUAAUGAAUUUGUAAUAAUGGAUGUAAUGAAUUUAGUAGGCAUCUUGCCUAAUCUGCAAUUUCUGAACUGAAUAGAAUACUGUUAUUGAUUUAAACUCAACUCGAAAAUAAUUUACCGUUUGAAUGUUUGUGCUUGUAUUUCCUCCUCAUGACCAAGCCUCGAACAGUUUUGUGGGAGAAAGCUUUCUUCUAGAGGAGCUUCACAAGUCACCAUCAUUGCAUAGCAGUAUGUAUGUUAAAACAAUGAACUU